AUGUCUUCCCCAGAACAUCCCUCCACUCCCACGUGGACGCCAGGAGACUUCGAACACCCGAAUCAAGAUCUACGCCGGUCGAUGAUUAUUGCGCUGGUGUUUGCGUAUACCUUGUCGACUCUCUCCGUUGUUCUGAGAAUCCUGGCGAGAAAGGUGACCGGGAGCAAGCUUUUCAUGGACGACUAUUUGAUUAUGGUUGCUCUGUUCUUCAAAUAUGCAUGCUCCAGUGGAGUCGUUGUCCUCCUGUUCAAUGGAAUGGGGUCACACAUCACAAUGAUCCCAGCAAAGAAUCUCGUGGUUUACUUCCAACUCGGAUUUGCCAACAACUUCAUCUACACUGGCUGCAUCGCGUUCAUUAAAUACUCUAUUCUGGCGCUGUACAAGCGACUCUUUGCGGUCCGACACAUGACAAUUGCAGUGAACGUCAUGUUUGCAUUCGUCACUCUCUGGGUUGUGGGUGUUUACGUUGCCGGUGCUCUUCUGUGCAUUCCGGUCAAAAAGUUUUGGGACCCGUCGGUUGAAGGAGCCUGCCUUGACCCAGCCCAAUUCUACUAUGGCCUGCAGAUCCCCAACAUUCUCUCCGACCUCAUUCUCCUAGUUAUGCCUAUGAGAGUCGUGUGGACAUUACCGAUCCCCAAGCCCCAGAAAGUACUCCUUUCUGGAGUUUUCCUCGUCGGUGGCCUAACCUUGAUCUUCGAUAUCUUCCGCCUGAAUGCCAUGAUUCGACUGGUUGAUCUGGGCCCCGAUAUUACCUACAACCAAGUUCCCGUCAUCGUGUGGACCUGUGUCGAAGCAGCGGUUGGAAUCACCGCUGCUUGUCUCCCUAACCUCCGCCCUCUUUUCAAGAUGGGUCAUCGCAACUUCUGGUCUCAACUUAGUUCCUCCAACAAUGUAUCCGAGAUUUCCGAGAGGACACUUGUGAACACAAACAAUCCUGGAGGCACUAUCAUUUCCAAUCAUAAGGACAAUGACUCCUACGUGGUUCAGCAAGCUUUCGAGAUGCCUCGGUAUGAAUACUACAAGGACGAGAAAGCGGUGGAGAGGGUUUAG